CCUUCUAUGUUGUUACCACCGUGGCUUACACGUGCAUUGUAGACGAGUAGCGAUAUUUUGCUCCGCAGCGGCCAAGAUGAAAAACAAGCCGCUAAAACACAAGUCGGAGAAUACGUUCAGGUUCCAGUCGUUCUCGGAGCGGCUGUCGAACAUCAACAUCGAUGUCAUUCACCGCGUGGGCCCUCACAGGCGACUGACGCCGUUUGAGAGUGAAACAUUCGUCGAAGAAGCUCUCAACAAGUGGUCCGAACUGAACUGCACCGAGGACUUUGAUAAACUCAGGCAUGACAUUGGUUUGGAAAUACACACCUUGCCUCAAAUUGUGCUUCGCAAAGACGCACUGCUGCACGUCGUCAAAACACAUUUGGGAAACCUCGAUAACAAGGCUCUGGAUGCAGUUCUCGACAUCACAGUCGCUCUGGCCAGAGACCUUCAGUACGACUUCUACCCGGCUUUCCCUGAUGUGUUCCGGCUUGUGUGCGCCCACCUCGACACCCGUGACCCCGAACUACUGGAACGUAUCUUCGUCUGCCUCUCCUACCUCUUCAAGUUUCUCUGGCGAUACAUGGUCAAGGACAUCGACCUCAUAUUCAAAUUAUAUGUUCCACUCCUCGGGUCACAACAGAAGAAGUAUGUACGCGACUUUGCUGCGGAGAGCUUCGCAUUCCUCAUACGCAAGGUGUCGGACAAAGAGAGACUUGUGGACAUGAUGCUGACUUAUCUUGAAGCGAACCCACAGAGCACUGACGGCAUUGGUCGCCUGCUGUUUGAAGCUGUCAGAGGAGUUAAGGGGCAAACGCACAGUUGCAUGGCAACGGUGCUGCCUCUGGCGUUGAAGCGUCUCGACGGCUCGGCAUGCAGCGCAGCGAUUGCAUGCCAGGCCCUCAAGCAAACAUUUGUUGCCUUGGCGGAGCACCUCGUGAGCCAUGCUGAAAACUCGUCUGCAGUCUGGAAUUGUCUCAAGGAGGCUGUCGUGGAAGCUGUGGGGAAGUACAAAUCUGUCAAGGAAUCCGGCAAAGAAUCCAAUGAGGAAUUUGGGAAGGUUCUGGCACUCCUGGAAAAUGUGGCCACUAUCUUGAAGAUCUGGGUCUUGUUCAAGAGGGGUCUCCUGGUGCGGAACAACGGUGCAGUCCACGAGGUACCUUUAUUCUGGGCUUGCCUGCUUGAGCUUGGUGAAGCAUCACCAGCGUUGACAGCAACACUUCUGGAAUGCUUGGCUUCGUUGGUCAAAAAUGGCAGCAGUGCCGUGAGCCCAUCCUCUGGUCUUGUCAGCAGACUUGUUCAACAGGUCUACUCUGGAUUAUUCUCCGCAGGAAAUGUGAUAGAGUUCACCAAUCAGGUCGUCGAAUCUGCAGCUUUUGAAAAGGAUGUGCUCUGCCAUGUGGUUAGGCACUGCUCUAGCUUCGGCGACAGGACUCACGCGUUAUCUAUUUUGGCUGAGGUGGUCGUGAGAAGGAGGCCGAUGCCGGCCACUGCCGACGAGCUGUUACGAUCCUGGAGACCUCUGCCCCUCUGCACCUCAGAUGACACAAGGGAAGACGUGGUAUCGCUCGCAGAGGCUGUUCUCGAAGCCUUGGCCAGGGACGUGGCUGACCCUCUGCUUUGGGCUGGUCUGGUCUGCUUGUCUCACCUAAGCAAUUGGGGUGACAUAGCGGAGAUGCAGAAAGCUGUGGACAAAACUGUCCAAAAACUCAGAGAUCGUUUGCUGCAGGAAACGCUGCCUGCGUCGUCUGCUGCGCAUUUCUCAUUUGUUUUCCUUCACGCCCUGGCCACUGCUGCCUUGUGCAAGUUUGAAGGCGCUCUGAGCAACAUCACCUGCGACGUUUUAGUCAAGAUUCUCAGGCAAUCGCCCAAAGAUGUUUGCCUGCUGAAAGCAGCGGACAUUGUCUUGGUCCAUUCAGCCAGCCAGGAGCAAACUACGCCACAACCACAGCAGGAAGCGCUGCUGAGGUCCUUCUAUGGUGUCCUCGAACGAAACCUUGCAUCACCUCAUGGCGUUGUGAGGCUUUUGACAUUGCGGGUGUUGUCUGCGUUUAGGCCCGAGGUCACUUUGGAAUCCCGCCAGAAGGACGAAAAGCUGGGAGAAUUUGCCUCGGCUUGUCACGUCUUCAACGCGUGCCUCAACGCGGAGGCCGUGUCCCUGACGGUGCAGGACUACCGGCGGAGGCUCAAGCUGCUUCAGGCGCUGAGCUCCGAGCAGCUCAUAGCAGCCGGCGUUUCCCUGGGUGCUUACUCAAUGGCUCCUGUCCACUACUUGCUGGGAACCCUUCUGGUCAAUUUCCAGCUGCUCUGGCAACCGUGCCAGGAAAUUCUCGCCAGUCAUGCCACUGCUGAUGGCCCUUUCUGGAGCACCCUUGUGCAGCAUCUAACCACUGUGUACGACAAAAUAGGCGAGGGACUCGCUGGUGUCUUCGGGGAAGCACUGGAGGCAGCCAUGAAGUUGGAAGAGAAACCGGACUACGUCAACCAUCGGCAUUUGCUCUGGAAGGCGGCCGAGCAGUUUGCUGGAGUUGCGGAGAGACGCAGCAAGGAUGUCGUAGUCUUCUUUUACAGAUUUUUAGAAAGAGAGUUCUGGCCAAACAUGCAAAUGGCACCGCAUCACGACAUACGGAGGCCGGAAGACACGCCCCUUUUGCCCUCCGAAGGCACGGAAGCCGAGCCGAAGAAUACCGAAGAGGCAAGCGUCAUCAUUGUGGGUGUAGACGAGUUGCCGGAAGAUGCGGAAGAUGAUGAUGAGAAUGCGGGAUGACAGGGAGGACGUACGAAACGACGAUGUCCCGAUCGUACCCGUGCGAGGCGGCUGAAGCUCGUCAGGAGCCUCUGUGACCACCUGAGGCUUUUUUCCAAGUUCUCCAACCCACGAGCAGUUUCGAAGCAUGAGCGCCUCUACGAGACUUUUCUCGAUCUGCUGACGUUUAGGGAUCCAGAAGUCCAGAAACUUGCUUUUGCUUGCAUCGUUGCCUACGGCCAGAAGUUUUUGUUUCGGUGCAGGGAGAACUUUGAAAGGCUUCUGGACGAGGCCAGCUUUCGAUCAGAAGUUGUUCUUUCAACGUUGGAUGGUGGAGAAGGAGCAGUGCUGGCGGAGCACCGAGCCGAUGUGAUUCCAAUCCUGAUGAGGGUACUCUACGGCAAGAUGCACAUGCGCUCUGGUUCAGCGACCGGGGGCAAGACCACCUUCAGUGCUCGCCAGAGCACCGUGCUACGGUUCCUGGCAAGUUGCCGGGAGUCUGAACUUGGUGCAUUCAUGGACCUUGAGCUGGCAACUUUGAAGCAGUACCUGUCCGGUGAUAUCACGGACGCGGUGAACAGCAUCAGGAAUACAUUGGAUCUUUCUAAAGUGGUGCCUGUUCGUCGCCUUCAUGGUACGUUGGGCACGGUGGAGAACAUGCUGCGGCACCUGGGUGCCCUCACACCCGGCUUGCUACCCGCGCUUCUCAAGCUGCUCGUUGCUGUGGCCACCUACGCUGGAGCCAUCCUCUCGCAGAAGGACCGGGUUGUGCGUGCAGUUAUCGGCAACACUCGUGUCCUGAGGUCGCGGGUGAUCAGCCUAGUUUCUCAGUUCUUUGAACGGUUCCACACCUACGAAUUCACCUCGGAAGAGAUAGACGCCAUUUUCGAGUCAUUCGUAUGGCCUCAGUUGCCUCGUUUGGCCGAGUUGGCUGGAAAGCAAAAGCCCAACCCUUUGCUCAAGUUCUUCCUCACCCUGAGUCGGAAUCCAAGGUACUUCGUGCUGUUUGCCAAGUACAAGGCUGACGACCCGAGCCUGUCUCCGCUGCCGUGCCUCGCCUCGCUGCUGAGCAACAGGGACAUCUCACCGUCCAUCCUGAAGAUGCUCCUCACGAUCAUUGACAACAUCUUGACACUUCGCGAAGGCGACGGCGACGAUGACGCAGAAGGUGGCAAGCGAGCGCCGCCGCUGGUGGUGUGCCACUGCUUUGACGUUGAGGCGCGCCGCUCUACUGCUGGUUUACCUGAACCACCAGAUGGUGAGCACAGUUACGGGGCACUGCUGAUGUUGCCGUACGUUCCUCACACACUGCACAGGCUGAAAGCGGUUGUGGAAAGUGCUGUGAAAACACAGAAGCCCCUGUCUCCUGUUGAACUGAACAUCCUGCUGAGGAUAAGCGGCCUGUUGACGAACUCUCUACAGUGUGCAGAGUUGGCAAAGCUCUUCGUCGUCGGGUUCAAGAAGCUCCGAAGUCAAGCUCAGGAUUCUGAUCAGCAAAAACUGGCAACCGUGCUCAACUUGGCCAAGGUUGCAGACAAUCCGGACCAACUUUUGGGGUACACCGCCGUUCUCUUCUCGGCUCUUGGCGGCCACCUGUCGAGGCGUCUCUUGUGCGACAUCUACCGCGUUGUGGCUGAGCGUGUGCCACGCUUUGCCGAACUGGCGUCGUUCAUUGCCAAGGUGAACUCCUGGAAUCCAAGGUGCGCAGAUGAGCCAAAUUACCAGACAAGGCUGGAGGGAUUCAAGAUGGCUGCUCCUUUAGUACUGGGGCAGAAGGAGAAGCCGGAUGUUCGCAUCGUGCUCGCUGUGAUAUACAACUGCACCUACACCAUUCGAGCUGUCGAUGACCUUGCCCUGCGAGAUGCGGCGUCCUUGGCCCUCGCUCAGAUGGGCCCUGUGUUCCACACCUGGCUGACGGAGGACAAGGCAGCGUACGAGAAGUGUGUCACCGAGGCUCUGAUGGGUGAAAUCCGUCAAGGUCUGCGUGGAAAGGCUGAGCCCAGCCGCCAGGAAUUUGUGCGCGUGUUGUCGCAACUGCUGCAACACUGCAGCGAGCACCCAUCCCUGACUGGAUUGAGUCAGCUGUGCUGCAAGGAAGACGUCGAGCUCGACUUCUGGGAGAACCUAUGCCACAUACAGCUUCACCGACGUGCACGAGCCCUGAACCGGCUGGCGGCUGCUCUGAGGGCAGGUCAGCUGACGUCGCUGGCGCCGCCAGCCAUCUCCGGCGUGCUUUUUCCGCUGUGCUCGUGUUACCUGUUCAACAGUGCGUACUCCAAGCAGACGGCCCUCGUUGACGCAGCCAUCGAGGCUGUGAGCGCGCUCUGUUCAAGACUGCCGUGGCGUCACUACGAAGCAAACCUGUCUCGAUACAUCCAGCAACUGCAGCGGGACCCGGAGCACCACAAGAUGGCCAUACGGUUGGUGGUGGCCAUCCUGAACGCGUUCCAUUUCAACCUUAGCAAGUCCAAGGGAAUCCAACAGAAGCCAGGAACAGCCAAGCCGGCUCAGGAUAAGGAGCAAGCCGAGGCUGUGGCUGAUCAGGGAGAGGCUGAGGAGAUGGAGGCGGGCAUGAAACAGACUGAAGAUGUUGACGAUAACCUUGACGAGAAUUCUGAUGAAAACAAAGUUCCUGAGGUGAAUGGCAACGCGGAAGAGACGUCGGUUGAUGACAAGAACAAGGCCCUCAGCGAAGAUGCGGCCACAGCCAUUCACACAGCCAUAGCCACUCGGCUGUUGCCAAGACUACACAAAGUCCUGAACCAAAAGGCCCGGGCCGACGAGGAGCACAAAGCAGCAAAGGUUCUCCUUCCAGAAGAACACGAGAUCCUGCGAAUCCCCAUAGCUGUGGCCAUGGUCAAGCUUCUCCAAGCACUGCCUGAUGGCAUGCUCCAAAGGCACUUGCCGGGCAUCUUCCUCAGGAUCUGCGACUUCCUCAAGUCACGUUCUCGUGAUGUCCGGGAAGCGGCUCGGGGCACGCUGAUGAAGGUGAUGUCAUCACUGGGCGCCCCUUACCUAAAGUACCUAUUCUCCCAGAUGCGUGCAGUGCUCAAGAGAGGAUACCAGAUUCACGUACUGACCUACACGGUGCACGCCGUUCUCUCCGCCAUGUCAUCUGGACUUGUCACUGGUGACUUGGACGCCUGUUUCGAGGACAUCAUUGAGGUCUGCCAGGCCGAGCUGUUUUCAGACAUUGCAGAGGAGAAAGAAGUGGCCCAGAUCGGCAGCAAGGUUAGGGAGGCCAAAGCAACCAAGAGCUUUGCCAUUUACAACAUCCUCGCAUCCGUGGCCUCAAAGGACAGCCUGCGUCAGCUCACCCCUGCCCUUUGUGAGGUGCUGCUGUCCACGUCGAGUCACAAGACUGUGAAAAAGUGUGAUGACUGCCUGCAUAACAUCGUCACGGGCCUCUCUGCAAACAAAGGCAUGCCUGUGGAUGAGCUGCUUAUCUACGCGUAUCAAACCAUCAGCCAGCAUGCUCCUAGCCUUGCAGAAAAGCCCCGCGAGUCGGUGCCGCAGCCGCGGCUGCUCGAAGAGAGGUCGGACGUGUACCUGGUACCGCAAGAACCGGCCCGGAGCGGUCUUCCUGUGCGUACCAGCAGGGCGGCCAACGGUCACGUCAUGGUCGAGUUCGGAAUCAAGCUCUUACAUACUUGUUUGAAGAAGGAGCAGGCAGGAGCGUGUGACCAGAAAGUGCUGGAAAUGCUGGACCCAUUUGUCUCCAUGUUGGCCAGUCUCUUGAGAUCGGAGUAUGUGAAGAUAAUGACGACAUCGCUGAGAUGCUUCGGACUCCUUCUGCAAAUGCCCCUGCCUAGCCUGCGGCAGCACACGCACCAUGUGACCCAGUCCCUGUUCGUGCUGCUGCAGAACUACGCGGGCAUGAAGCAGGGAGAGAACUUCGAGCUGCUUGUCCUUGCUUUCAAGGUGAUGACAACGCUGGUGCGAGACACUUCCCUGUGCCGGCUAGGCAAGCAGCAGCUGCGCGUGUUGCUGACGUAUGUCGAGCGUGACGUGUACGACCAGACCAGACAGAGCGUGGCCUUUGCCCUGCUGAAGGCCAUCCUGCACCGAAAAGUUGACGCAGAAGAGUUGCAUGGCCUGAUGGACAAGGUGGCAACCAUGAGCAUUGAACACGAACAGGCUCACAUUCGGAGCCAGUGCCGAGAGUCGUACCUGCAAUACGUUCUCGACUACCCGAUGAAGCGGGCCAUGAAGAAGGCAGUGGGCUUCUUCACAGCGCAGCUGGAGUACAGCACCGAGGCGGGUCGCCUCUCGGCCCUCGAGAUGCUCGAUGCCUACUCGAACAAGUUCCCGCAGAAAGUGCUGUCCCACUACGCCCCCAGCCUGUUUGUGCCCAUGGCAGCACGCCUAGUCAACGACCAGUCGCCGAACGUACAACGGGUUGCGGCAGCCGGCAUCCGGAGUCUCCUCGGCAAGCUGCGCGAAUCAACGAGGGACAGCUUGCUCUCUGUGGCUCUGGUGUGGUGUAAGGAACAAAUGUUUGCCACAAGGCGCCUGGGAGCGCAAACGCUGGGCCUGUUUGCCGAGGCCGAGAAGGAGCGCUUUGAGCGCCACUUGGCUGAAGUGAUGCCUGUCUUGGUUGAGGAGAUGCACCCCGACAAGUUCCAAGAGCUUACGAUGCAAGACAUUGAGCGUGCCAAGGACCACAUCACCUUCAUGUACUUGGUCUCACUAACCAAGAUAGUCGACGCCUGCAACGUUGCACGAGCUCCUGCCACGCAGGAAAGCUUUGUCACACUCUGUGGUUACGCAGAUACAUACCUGCUGUAUGCGCAUGACUGGGUAAGGCUGGCGGCAUCUCAAUUUUACGGCCGUGUGUUCGCGGCAUAUACUCCAGAUGAAGUUGCUGCAGCAUGCAAGCCAGAUUUCGACGUGCCUCAUUCAUCUGACUAUUUGUUGGUCGACACACCGUCAAAGGUUCGAGGCCUUACGGAGAAGUUCUGCUCGCAGCUCCAGCCGGAGAACGUCCUGGAGAAGAUAGCGGAGCAGGUCAUCAGAAACUUGGUGUUCCUAACUAGGGUGUCUGUGCGUGCCACACGGUUGGGCAUUGACACCUUACACCCUGUUGACUGGAUCGUGAAGAAGGUGUCACAGCAGGCCCAUUCAGAGGUGGUGUCGAACCCUCGGUCCACCUUGAAGCGUUCCCACGUGUUCAAGUUCCUGGCCGCUGUGAGCCUGGACCUGACCCGGCCCGAGCUGCGUUCACAUUUGCAGCUCAUCCUGAGGCCCAUCUGUCGGGAGCUCGAGGACCAGUCGCCCAGCCAGAGUGACGAGAUGAAACAGAUGGCAAACGAAACGACGGCCAUCAUAAAGAAGGCAGCGGGUGUGGAGGCGUUUGGCGCCGCCUUGGUGGCUCUGCAGGGAAAGCUGGCCGGCAAGAAACUGAAGCGGAAGCGAGACAAGGCGCUCGAGGUUGUGAGGAACCCCGAGGUGGGAGCUCGCAAGAAGGUGAAGCAACAGCUGAGGAAGAAGGAGGCCCUGAAGCGCAAGAAGGCUAUCCAGUUUGGCAAGGUCAAGCGGCGAAAGGCAUCCUGAUCUGCAUGUAGAUAGUUUGGGGCAAGCCAAGACGUGGGCGGCAAGUGCGACUUACUUUGUAAUAUAUUUUAUUUAUGGCAAUGAAUGCCAUGUAUCUCCUCUCUUGUAAUUAAAAGAGUGUUCAGCUUUUUGCAACCUC